AUGAGCCCACCCCAGCUCCAAGGGAGGAGACAGAGAGAACCAAGAAGGCCCCUACUAAACGCUGAAGAUUCUAACAUCGCCAGGCGAUUGUUUCCUCCAGCCAUUGAAGAACAGGGUCCAGCCCCCAUUUCAGAAAACAUGGAUGCUGUACAACAACAUGAGCAGAUGGAGGGUGUCUCAAUGCUGACACUCGCUACAAUAGUGCACACUGCGGGUGGAAAGUUGGAUCCGGAUUGUUGUCUUUAUUGCUUCAAUAUUGCAUAUUAUAAGGAAUUCAGGGACGAUUGUAGUGAUGAUGAUGAUGACGAACCUGAUUCUGGUCACAGUUCGGAGCAUGAGAUUUUUUCUGAGGAAGAUGAGGGUGACACUCCAACGACACCCCCACCGACACCAAUGCGCUCAGAGGAACAGGCCGACCUCUUGGAGGUUGAUGCAAAGAAGAUUCUCUGUGUGACGGAGCUAUUUCCCGACGUGUGGCAGGGCGCCGUGGAUCUGACAUUGUUGGCUAAGCUGGUUCAGGGAGAACUGAAUCCCGAAUGCUGUAGUCGGUGCGAACUGAUCGAAUUGUUCCGAAGCACAGCCGCUUCAGGACCCGAGGGGGCACGUGCUAUGUCAAAAAUUACGGUUAUAGCGAUGAAGGGGGUGAAUGAGCAUGUCAUUCUAAAGCCCGACCUGCAUAAGGAUGAAAAAACCCAGGACUGA